GUUUGUGUGAAUUUUGUUAACGUUGUGGGAUUUGUGAAAAGAAAAGGAAGAAAAGAAAGAAAUUUAAGCGAAUUUUGAUUUGAGGAAAUUUAAUCCAAUGCCAUAAAGGAUUUUAGCAUGAAAUUCGAGGAGUUUUAUCCCAUGCUUAAAAUGAAAUUACAUAGCAGUAGAUAAAGUCUAAAGCUUUAUGGUUUGAAAUUAAAAGUUCGAUUUUUUGAAGCUUCCAAAGGAUGAUCUGAAAGCGUUGAUAAAAAAACGACUUCAGGGAGAAGGAAAAUCGAUUAAUACAUUUCAAAGCGAGCCUCUCGAGAAGAGGCAGAAUAAAAAAUUGUGUGUGGGGUAAAAUGACUCAAAUUUACAUGCGAAAAACCGGAGGAAAAAAUUAUCGAUUUGUCAAAAUUGCAAGAGAAAUGUGCUUCUCACCUAAGUUCCACUUCGUAGCUCACAUUAUCAAAAAUGUUCCGUAAAACCCGCACAAAUUAUAAUCAAAUCAAAAGUGAGCAGAGUGUAAUUUAUUCAAGUUAUUUUUUUUCUUUUUCUUUAGUUCGUUUCGCUUUUUUUCAUCGCCGCAAUUUUCGAGGAGAAAAAAUAUAAAUAAAAUAAUUUGUGUGAAUAAAAAAAGAAGGAAAAAGAAAAAACGAGGAAAACGUUAGGAAGUAUGAAAAAAUUUGAUUGAUGAGCCGGGAAUGAAAGCAUCGGAAUUCGUAAUACUAUUUGUACACUGUCGUGAGAUGAAAAUGAGAUGUGCAAAAAGGAUAUAAAAUGUCAAGUGCUAUUAAAUGAUUUUUUUCCUUCCUUUUCACUCCCCCGCAUUAUGAAAUGAAUCUUAUUUAAAUGAUACGCUCUUUUGUGCUUUUAUGCGCUUGCAAUUACAUUUCCACUUGAUUAAAAAUUAAUGUUUGUGAAGUGAAAAUGGUGUAACGUAUAUGGAGAUAAAUGUUUUUUUCCCCUUUAGGUGAAUUCCUUGUAUUUAAAAGAAUAUCUAAGGAGAAAAUAUAUCCUUGAAAAACUGAGAAAACAUGGUUAGAUAACUCGAUACAGUGAAAAAAAAGGUUCAUUAAAAUAAAACAAACUGGAGCUUUUAAAAUUCGUUUUGAAGUCAGUGAAGCAGUCAGUGUGUCAAUGAAAGAAUAAAAAAAAUAUAAAAGAGUAAAAUAAGAUAUUUAAAAUUAAAGUGUACUCGAUUUCGUUUUUUUGAUGAGUAUUAAAAUCAGUUAUUGUUAUUGAUGUACUCAGAUAACAACAACGAUAAUCUCUCAAACAAAGCACGUCUCAUUGUUUAAACAGCAAUAACAGCAGAACGGAUACAAUGAGUAAAUAUGAUUUAUAGAUCGAUGUGCAGAACUUCAUCAGCAGCUUAAGGAUUUAUGAGAGAAACAAUAACGCUUAAAGACAAAGUUUUGUAUGUGAAACAAAAACGUAAUUCGACAUUCGCCCGCCCACCCCAUAAUGUGUAAAAUAAGUGGUAGUUUCAACAUCCGCAACUAUCGUAUCAUAAUGUUCUUCGAGAAUAUCUUAAUUUUAAGAGGAUCAUUUUACGGCACAACUUAGGCUAAUUAAACGUAAAUUGCUUUGACGAAGAUGCCUUUAGAGUAAGGAAGAGAAGAAAGCGAGCAAAAGAAACUUGCCAGAAUAAAUUCCUCAGAAUUUAGUGAACUUGUUAUUGUUGCUGCUAAAUUGUUGUUUCACUUGGAGGCAAAUCAGAGGUUGUAAAUAACAUUUUAUGUGCCGAAGUUAGAAGGGGAAGAUUAUUCUUGUCGUGUGUUCUUUUCCGUUCUGUUCGCCUGCGUCUCGUAUGUGAAGGAAACGCAAAUAAAAUAAAACAAAAUUGAGUCCAUAAAAUCCGCAACGUUCAUCAUUCACUUCCGAAAAAUAACUAACAACGAAGAAUUCUUCGCUCAAGUGUCAGUGACUCACACCUGGAACGACAACCAUGCAAUAUAAUCCGUAAUUGUAUCUCUACGGAAAAUGAAAAACAAGUAGAACGAGUCAUGAUGAAAAGCUAAAACAGUGUGACAAAGUGGUUCGUAAAGUUAAUGGUAGAUUGGGAAUGAAAAGACAUAAAAGUGAAAUAAGAGAAAAAUAUAUUUACGAAAAGAUAUCGAAAUCGUUCAAAUACGAAUAAGAAAACGAUUUUAAUAGAAGAAGAAGACGAAAUAUGGCAAACUCAAAUACUUUUAUCCUUCUUAUCCUAUGGAUGAUAAUAAUAAUGAUUGGUACAUCAAAUACAGUGCAAGGCUCACAUCGAGAUUUAAGCAGACAAAACAAGGACUUAGCCAUGCUGACACAAUAUUCUAGUAAUAAUUUAAAUAAUCCGAGCAGUUUAUCGGGCAGUAAAAGUUACGGUUCAGCUUCUGAUGUGGAUGUUAAUCGGAGUGGUCCAUACUUUGACGUUGCUGCUAGCAAGAACGUCACAGCUCUGCUAGGGAAAACUGCUUAUUUGAAUUGUAGAGUAAAAAAUUUAGGUAAUAAAACGAUGCUGCUUCAAGUGUCAUGGGUUAGGCAUAGAGAUAUUCAUUUACUGACUGUGGGAAGAUAUACGUAUACAUCUGACCAAAGAUUUAAAGCCAUUCACCACCCACAUUCAGAAGAUUGGAUGUUGCAAAUAAAAUAUCCACAACAUCGAGAUUCAGGAAUUUAUGAGUGUCAAAUAUCGACGACGCCGCACAUGAGCCAUUUCAUCUAUUUGAGUGUUAUUGAGCCUUCAACGGAAAUAAUUGGAGCACCGGAUUUGUACAUCGAAAGCGGUUCCACAAUAAAUCUUACUUGUGUCGUUCAUAAUUCUCCUGAGCCACCUGCAUUCAUAUUUUGGAAUCAUAACAAUGCUAUCAUAAGCUACGACUCUGCUCGAGGUGGAAUUUCUGUUAUAACAGAAAAAGGUGAAACAUCAACAUCAUUUUUGCUCAUCCAAAAUGCAAGACCAUCUGAUUCAGGACAGUAUCAGUGCAAUCCUUCAAAUGCAAAGAGCCGAAGUGUAACGGUGCAUGUUCUUAAUGGUGCUUCACAUUCUGUUUCCAGGGGAGUUCCCAGCAGCAAUGCAGCGAGGGGGGCCAUCGCAUCAUCAAACGUCGCAGCAACACUCUCUCUUCAUCUGUAUAUCAGUAUUAUGUUCCAUGUUUUCCUUUAUCAAAAUAUUCACAAGCGUCUAAUACAAAUCGGAGGUGAUUUGUGCACAUCAAUAAACAACGUUUUAUUGCAUACGCACAUUAAUUUCUAUUGGAAAUCGACGAGAUAUUUUCUCAUAUGGAAACGAACGACGAUAAUGGAAGAGAGAAGUAAAAGCAGUCAGAUUUUUAGAUAUAAUAUGUUUACCUACAAUAAUAAUAAUUAUGGGAAUACAAAAUGUAUUGAAAUGUCCCCUUUGAAUAUAAAGAACAGAAAGACUCACAGCAUUCAUAAUACUUUCAAAACAAAUUAUGAUAUUAGGUGAGAAAUGUAAUAUAAAUGUAUAUGUUUAGUGAAAGAAAAACAAUGUUUUGCUUUUCUCUUUCUUGACUGUUGAUAAAUGAAAAUAAUUCUAAUGAAAAGUAAUGUUUUAUGAUUUGUUUUGAAUGAAAUGAAAGACAAACAGAACAAAAAGGAAGUUUUGUGUUUGCUUACGUUUUCUUCGGUAGCGAUAAUGAUGGAAUAUUAAACAGAUAAUGAAUGAAGAAUAUUAAGCGAUAACUACAACGAGUGCUCGUUAAUUAGCAGAAGAAUGAAAUCCAUUAAUUGAUUAACUAAGAGUGUCGGCUCUCAUUAUUCUAAACGCCUUUUGUUUCACUUAUUAGUUCCAUCUGACAUUAACAAACAUUUACUUAUUGAUGAAAUAUAAUUAUCACUAUGAAAAGAACGUGUUUCCUUUUGUUUUUGUAAAUUAUUUUAAUAGCUAUGAUUUUCAUGAUUGAUCGUCAAGAGAAAGUUAUAUUUAUGUUGGAUAUUUAUUUUGUCAUCAUUUUAUGAUGAAAAUAAAUAUUUGAGGAACGAACUUUAGCAAAAUAUAAGUUCUGUUAAUUUCAUUGAAAUAUGACGAUGCUUCCAAAAUUUUCAUCAUCAUGUUAAUCCCAUGCAACAUAAGUAAAAUCACGCUAUUAAACGAUAACCAUAAACAAUACAAAUUUUUUAAGGCCUAAGAGAAAUUCGAAGAAAAAAUGUAAACUUUCUUAUCUCUUUCUUUUCUGAGUUAACUGAAUGACGAAUAAAUAAUAAAAAUCAAAUAAAAGCAAGUAUGAGGUAGAAUAUUUUUCACGAAAUUAUUGUAACAUCCAACGCCCGCACAUUUCUUCAGAAUGUGAAUAGGAAAAAUGUGCGAGAAGACUGAGUGAAAUAAUUUCCCGCAAAGAAAGGAACAGCAAUUUGCUUGAAGCGACUUAUAAAGUUAAUCAAAAGUUUUGUUUAAUUUUUUCUCAUCCUCCAUCUUCAAGUUUUUUCCAACGAGAAAAAAAAGAUGAGCGAGGGUUGAAGUCACAAAAUUUCAUUUCAAAAAAUAUACUUUUCUCCGACAUUUACAACAACUCGCGGAAUUAUCACACGCGACAGAUAACAUUCCUUAGACUUAACGAAUGUGAACGAGCACAGAAGUAAAAAGGGAAAAUGUUUUUUUUUAAUAUGAAAAAUAAGGAAAGAAAAUAUUCUAUUAAAAGUAUUCAAAAUGUAAAUGUAUAAUGAGAGAAAAUUAUGUAAAUUAAAGAGAAAAGAUGAAGAGUAAUAUAACAUGAAACUGCGUAAAAAUACUUUUUGAAAAUAAAAAUUAUUUAAAGAAAGGGAAAUAAAGGAGAAAAAUUUAUCCAUUUGAA